GAGGCCACGGCGCUGGAGCUGGCCCGCUGCGGGGCACGGGUUGUGCUGGCGACGCGCAGCGCCCCGCGCGGGGAGGCCGCGGCCCGGCGCAUCCGCACGGAGACAGGGAACCCAGAUGUGCGAUUCAUGCAUCUGGACCUGGCCAGCCUGCGCUCGGUGCGCGCCUUCGCCAGCGCCUUCCUGCGUGAAGAACCCCACCUGCACCUCCUCAUCAACAACGCCGGGGUGAGCGCCGGGGGCACCACAGAGGAUGGCUUCAGCCUGGUGUUCCAGGUGAACCACUUGGGGCACUUCCUGCUCACGGAGCUGCUGCUGGAGCGCCUGCGGAGCUGCGCCCCGAGCCGCGUGGUCAUCGUGGCCUCCAGCGCCCACCGCGCCGCCCGCCUGCGCCUCGACGCCUUGGGGAGCCCAUCCCCGGGGCCUCUGGGUCCCUUCCAGGACUACUGCGACAGCAAGCUGGCCAACGUGCUGCACGCCCGCGAGCUGGCCGCGCACCUGCGGGGCACCGGCGUCACCUGCUAUGCGGUGCACCCAGGUGGCUGUUGUGGCUCUGAUGUCAAGCAGUACGUGUACGGAGGCUGGGCCUGGGCUUGGUGGUGCAUCACUGACACCCAAAGACUGUCUUUGGAGGUUAUGACCAUCCUCUGUCGCUGUGAGAAUAUUGAGACGUCGGAGGGGGUCCCACUGUACGUAACAGGGGUUGCACAGGUGAAGAUCAUGACCGAGAAGGAGCUCCUGGCUGUGGCCUGCGAGCAGUUCUUGGGGAAGAACGUGCAGGAUGUGAAGAACGUGGUCCUUCAGACCCUGGAGGGACACCUGCGCUCCAUCCUAGGUACCCUGACAGUGGAGCAGAUCUACCAGGACAGGGAUCAGUUUGCCAAGCUGGUGCGGGAGGUGGCAGCUCCCGACGUGGGUCGCAUGGGGAUCGAGAUCCUGAGCUUCACCAUCAAGGAUGUCUAUGAUAAAGUGGAUUACCUGAGCUCCCUGGGGAAGACUCAGACUGCGGCUGUCCGGAGGGAUGCAGACAUUGGGGUGGCAGAGGCUGAGCGAGAUGCUGGCAUUCGGGAGGCACAGUGCAAGAAGGAAAUGCUGGAUGUCAAGUUCAUGGCAGAUACCAAAAUAGCAGAAUCCAGACGGGCUUUUGAGUUGCAGAAAGCUGCCUUCAGUGAGGAGGUCAACAUUAAGACUGCAGAGGCCCAGCUCGCCUACGAGCUCCAGAGCGCUCGGGAGCAGCAGAAGAUCCGGCAGGAGGAGAUUGAAAUCGAGGUGGUGCAGCGCAAGAAGCAGAUCGAUGUGGAAGAGAAGGAGAUCAUCCGCAUGGAGAAGGAGCUCAUUGCCACCGUGAAGCGGCCGGCCGAGGCCGAAGCCUACCGCAUCCAACAGAUCGCCGAGGGCGAGAAGGUGAAGCAGGUCCUCCUCGCUCAGGCAGAAGCAGAGAAGAUCCGGAAGAUCGGGGAAGCGGAGGCUUUUGUGAUCGAGGCCAUCGGGAUGGCGGAGGCUGAGCGGAUGAAGCUGAAAGCUGAAGCUCUGCAGCAGUAUGGAGAGGCUGCCCAGCUGGCUCUAGUGCUGGAUGCACUGCCUGAGAUCGCUGCCAAAGUGGCUGCUCCCCUCUCCAAAGUGGAUGAGAUCGUUAUCCUCGGGGGAGAGAGCAACAGCACCAUGUCGGAGGUGAACCGUCUGCUGGCCGAGAUCCCUGCCUCCGUGCGUGCCCUCACCGGUGUGGACCUCACAAAGAUUCCCCUGAUCCAGAAAGCCACCGGAGCCCAGGCAUGAGGCUGGCCAAGCCAAAGCUAAUGAAGAUCACUCCCUGUUAAUGCACUCAGACAUCAACUGCCUUCAACACGUGGGAAUUCCUUUUAUAUCAAAGACAAUCAGGGUUUCAUUUCGAAGCUCUGGUGCCUUAUUUUGUAGGGCCAGAAGGUUGCA